AAACCAAGGUAGGAGAACUCAAGUUCUUCGAUCCAUACUCAAUUCCGACUAGUACGCUUUGUGUCUAAAAAUCUGAAACAAUGUCACGCCCCUUCACCAGGCAUUUGACCAUCCAGUCCAACGACCUCGGCAAGGAGGUGACGAUCAUGCUCGCUUUGAUCAACGACGAUAUGCAGAGCCUCUACCAGGACCGCUUCCCGGUAGUCUGGAAGGUCAGCAAAUUCGGGAAGACGGGUGCAUACAGGGCUCAAGUUUCCUACACGAACCAGCUUGCUUUCUCCAGAGCCCAGGUCACGGAUGGGAACUUCAUCAGUGCUGGAACCAGCAUCCAGGUUAAUGUCGGUCAGAAAACAAAGCUGACCGAGGCCAGGGAUGUCUAUAGUUUCUCUACCCCUGAGACGGGAUCCUCUGGCCUCGUACAGGCCGUGAACAACACUGGAGCCCUUCAAGAUAUCGCAGUCGGGUUUCUUAACAAAGGAGACUUCAUGCCUACGCCUGCACUCUACUUCGACGAGGUCGGAGAUGGCAGUCAGGUCACGGCACAGUUCACUCCGAUCCUGCGUAUCUACAUCACGUCGGACUAUCAAGAGACCACAAUUAUACGAGGUGCCAUUGAAACCCCUGCGAUCUGGACGCAGGACCUUACAGGGCUUGCCGAGCACACGAAUUGGAACCUCAGGCGCGACGCGGCCACUGGACGUUACACGGUCGUCCGAGCUUGAUUAAGGAAUGUGAGAUUGGCACGCUUUAAUGUCUGUUCUGUGAGCUCUGCAUCUCAAUAUUCACACUGCUUUCAUAGCGUCCACCAAUGACCUCGCUUGAUUGUUUUCUUUCAUAAUACCUCUCCCCAUCGAAUAUCGUUCUUUAGUCUUUGACCCAAUCUCAAGUCUUCGUUCUCGUUCCUCGUUCCUAGACCGAGCCUCUCCGAUUCUUGAGAGAGUUAAGAGUUGUACCGUUUUGAUAAGGCUUGACCUAUAUGUUUCAAAUGAAAUCAUCAGGGAAAACCUCCUUCAGAAAGC